AUGUUUUGGCGGUUUUUAUGAUUUUGAAUUCAUUGCGAAAACAGCUUUUUAAAUACGACGAAACAUGGACCGAGGAAGGAUUAAUCGAGCCACAGGUCGAGUGUCGGAGUUGCCUAUGCGAGUGGCAGAUAGGAUGAGCACCGGCUACACAACGCCUCAGAGUAAACAACCUUCAUUUGGAAAGCUCAGCAUACCAAAACCGCAGUCUAUGACUUCUGAAAGACGGACAAGCUUUUUUGGUGCCCGGACUGCUGGAACCAGCAUGCGUCGCAGUAGCGUGAUGUCAGGAUUUGGAGGGACUGAGAAGGUGAAGGACACCAGACCUCUGCAUGACAAAGGAUUUGUUCAACAGUGUAUUAGACAACUUCAUGAGUUCUUGACAGAACGUGGCUAUUCAGGCUCUUUGACGUCUAAGACUCUCCAGUCUCCCUCUACCAAAGAGUUUUUAAAGAUGUUUGAGUUCAUUUAUUGCCAGCUGGACCCAACUUUUGAGAUGCCCAACUCAAAAGUAGAGGAGGAGGUACCAGGUAUCCUAAAAGCCCUGAGGUAUCCCUUUGUACUGUCCAAGAGUUCUAUGUAUUCUGUCGGUGCUCCACAUACUUGGCCUCAGGUUCUUGGGGCUGUCAUUUGGCUAAUUGAUCUUGUCAAGAUCCACGGGAGUUUGGACGAACAGGAGCUGCUGCUAAGUGACUUUGAUGGCGGUGGUGUCAUCGAGGAAGGGACUGAAUAUAACAAGCUGUUGCUUGAGUACAUGGCUGAGACCUACUCCAAAUUCAUACAGGGUGAUGAGACAUUUGAUGAUGAUGAUGAGGCACUCGUCAAUAAAUUGAAGAGGCUAUACAAUGUUGAUGAAGCACUGCUGGCUACGAUGGAAGAGAAAUACAGAAUACUAAGUGAGGAGGUUGAACACCUGGAAAAGAAUAGCCAAACGGACCGUCUCAUGACAAAGAGGAUGGAUAAGAUGAAGAUUCAGUCAGACCUCAAGAAGCUCCAGAGUUAUCGCAGCAAGCUGGAGUCCUACAAAAGCAACCACGAGAGCAAGUUCUCAGAAGUCACAGAUGAGCUAGACAGCACUGGCCUUCAUGUGGAGUCCCUAAAACGUGAGCGGGAUGAAGUACAGCAUAUUCUGCAGAACCAGAAGUUUACUCCAGCUGAUGUGGAAAGGAUCAACAGAGAGAAGAAUGAGCUCCAGCAGACAAUCUCCAGUCUCAGCAAGUCUCUUGAAGAUGCAGAGCAGCAUAAAUGGCAUGAAGAGAUUGCGCUGGCCAAAGUCAAGGAGAAGGUGGAGUUGAAGCUCACGGAGUACAACAAGUUGGCACGUAAAUUAAAGCUGAUACCAGUGUCUGCAGAGAAUGCAUGUGGUCAUGAUUUUGAGAUGAGGCCUUUUGAGUGUGGACCCAGCAACACAAUUCAGUUCAAAACACAGAUACAGAUGCUCCUGAGAAAGCUGAUUGUUGAUGUGGAGGAGGAAAACAGCCGAUUAGCAAACAUGAAACUCAGUCUGGAGGAGUCUAUUGAACAGUUGAAUUCCAACAUCUUGGACAAGUCCAAUGACCUGAAACAGCUCCGAGAGCAGAUUCGCAAGCUUGAUGAACGGCUGGAUCAUGACAUGCAGGAGUUGGCUCGUGAGGAGCAGGAGUGGGCUGCAGAGAUGGAGUCUGUGGAGAACCACCGUACACUCCUACAGAAAAAAGUGAAUUAUGGAUAUGAUGAGGCUGUGCAGCAACUGAAGGCAGCACAACAACAGUAUCACUUGGUGCUGCAAGAGACCAAUGAGGAGAGGCGAACAGUAGCCAACAACCUUGCAUCUGUCUUUACUACAGCUGUCAACCACUUGGAGAGAACGGAGAAGUUCCUUGAAGACCUGCACAGCAGAGUGGCACGUCUCUGCAGUAAGGCUGUAGAAGACGAUGACGCGUCUAUCCUGAAGCUGCAGGAAGUGUUAAAGACCUUUGUGUCCAAAGCGAACAGUAUGUAAGGAUGUGGACAGCAGCAUGUUACUUCAUCUUUUGUAGUUAACUUUAACUUAAUCUUUAUUCCUGUGCUUACAUUCUAUCAUUUUGUGUUAACACAUCAUCUGAUUAUCAAUAAACUUCUAUUUGUACACAAAAUUCCAGUUUGU